GGCUUGAAAAAAAUCUUCUCCGGGGAUUCUCUGUGCAACUCCAUCAGAUCCCAAGACUGAGAACAGAUUGAAAGAAACAACCACCACCUUUGGAGACCCAGAAGAUUUCAGGGCCCUUGUGCAUUUCUGUCAGAGAAGAUUGGAAAUGGAUGCAAACCAGCCAGCCUGGGAGAGAGUAGGAAAAAGCCCUACUGCUGCUCAGCUUGGGGAGAUCUGGGCCGGAGCGCAGCAGAACAUCCUGGAGGAAGCCCUCAGUUCUGAGAUCCAGCAUUGGCGCUUCAGGAACAGCCUCUUUCAGGAGGCCGAAGGACCACGAGAGCUUUGCAGCCGCCUUCACCGCCUUUGCUGGGGAUGGUUGCUGCCCGAGAAGCACACCAAGGCUCAGAUAUUGGACCGGGUGAUCUUGGAGCAGUUUCUGGCCAUCCUGCCCAGGGAGAUGCAGCGCUGGGUGCGGGAGUGCGGAGCGGAGACCACUUGCCAGGCGGUGGCCCUAACUGAAGGCUUCCUGCUGAGUCAGGUGGAGGAGGAACAGGGAGGGUACCAGGUUCCGAGGUCUUUCCUGGAGACGGGUAUCAACUGUCCUGAAGAAAAGAUGGAUCCUGCAAAUCCCUCUUACAGUCUGUGUCUCAGAAGGAUUUCCAAGGUGGAAGAUCAAUGCCAGGACAACUCAAUAGGGAACAAAAUGGAAUCACCGUUGUUCAUCGGUUCCUCUCCUUGUACUGGUGGAACUGAUGGAUCUCCAGGGCAGGUUCCUGCGUCCUUUGGGGAGGUGGCCAUCCAUUUCAACAGUGAAGAGUGGUUGCUUCUUGAUCCCAGCCAGAAAGCCCUGCAUGAAGAAGUCAUGUUGGAAACGUCUAGGAUGGUGGCCUCUUUAGCAUUUGAUGAGCCGGAUACUGAAAAUUAUCAAGAGCCAGGUGUGGUGCCAUCACAAAUAAUCAAAAUUGAAAUACAAAGAGACACAUCUGCAGAUAUGUGUGAAAAAGGAAGAUAUAAGGAAAACCAAUCUUACAAUUGGAGAGGAAAAUCCAUUCUUGAAUGCACAGAAAUGGAUAACUUCCUGACCCAACAGGAUCGUAAAGAAAGCAGGGUGGAAAAAUAUCAAGGAAGUGAUGAAAUACUUCAAGCAAAACCCAACUUCAGUAACCAGUGCAAGACUGGAAAAAGUUUCAGCAAUAACAAUAACAUUAUUCCCCAUAAAAUGAUCCAUGCAAGGGAGAAGCCCUAUAAAUGUGUGGACUGUGGAAAGAGUUUUAGGUGGAGAGGUAAUCUAACUACCCAUAUAAAGAUCCAUUCACGGGAAAAACCCUAUAAAUGCACAGACUGUGGAAAAAACUUCAGCAUGAACAGUUCCCUUACUUCUCAUAAAAGGAUCCAUACAGGGGAGAAACCGUUUCAAUGCACAGUGUGUGGAAAGAGCUUCAGUUUGAACAGGUGCCUUGUUUCUCAUAAAAGGGCCCAUUUAGGAUUGAAACUUUAUAUAUGCCAUGAAUGUGGGAAAAGUUUUAUUUUGAGCAGCUCCCUUACUAAUCACAUGGGUACUCAUACCAAAGAGAAACUAUAUCACUGUACUGACUGUGGGAAAACCUUCAGGUGGAAAAGUCACCUUACUUCCCAUGAAAGGAUGCAUACAGGGGAAAAACCAUAUGAAUGCAAGGACUGUGGAAAAAGCUUCAGUAUGAGUAGUUCUCUAACUUCUCACCAAAAGAUACAUACGGGAGAGAAGCCCUAUCAAUGCAUAUUAUGCGGGAAGAGCUUUAGGUUGAAAGGUCAUCUUACUUCCCAUAAGAGGAUGCACACGGGGGAAAAACCUUAUCAGUGCAUGGACUGUGGAAAGAGCUUCAGUAUGAGUAGUUCUCUUACUUCUCAUAAAAGGAUUCAUACAGGAGAGAAACCUUACCAAUGCUUGGAAUGUGGGAAGAGCUUCAGCAAAAGCAGUAUUCUUAAUUCCCAUAAAAGGAUCCACACAGGAGAAAAACCCUAUAAAUGUCUGGAUUGUGGAAAGAGCUUUAGCAACAGGAAUCAUCUGACCUCUCAUAAAAGGGUCCACACAGGAGAGAAACCCUUUAAGUGCACAGAGUGUGAAAAGAGCUUCAGUUAUAGUGAUUCCCUUGCUUCUCAUAAAAGGAUCCAUACAGGAGAGAAACCUUACAAGUGCUUGGAAUGUGGAAAGUCCUUUAUUCAGAGCAGUCACCUUACUUCCCAUAACAGGAUGCACACGGGGGAGAAACCAUAUAAAUGCAUGGAGUGUGGACGGGGCUUUAGCAGCAGCAGUUCCCUUAUCUGCCAUAAAAGGAUCCAUUCGGGAUUGAAACCUUAUAUAUGCAAAGAAUGUGGGAAGAGUUUUAUUUCAAACAGCUCCCUUACUAAUCACAUUAGUAGCCACAUAACUGAGAAACUGUAUCAAUGUACAGAGUGCAUGAAAAGCUUCAGGUGGAAAAGUCAACUUAUUUCCCAUAAGAGAAUACAUACAGGGGAAAAACCCUACCAGUGCAUGGAUUGUGGAAAAAGUUUCAGUCUGAACAGUUCCCUUACUUCUCAUAAAAGGAUCCAUACAGGAGAGAAACCAUAUAAAUGCAUAGAGUGUGGGAAAAGCUUCAGCAAAAGCUGUAACCUUACUUCCCAUAUAAGGAUCCACACAGGAGAGAAACCCUAUCAGUGUACAGAGUGUGGAAAGAGCUUCAGUUUGAACAGUUCUCUUACUUCUCAUAAAAGGAUCCAUACAGGAGAGAAAAAAAUAUAUAUUAAUGAUGCGGGAAAGAGGAAGAAAAACCUUGCAACUUUAACUCAUAGAGUGGUCCAUGCAGUGGAGAAGCUAUAUAAAUGUGUGAACUGUGGAAAGAGCUUUAGACGGACUAAUAAUUUAACUACCGAUAAAAUGAUCCAUUCAGGAGAAAAGCCUUAUAUGUGCGUAGACUGUGGAAAAAGCUUCAGUAUGAAGAGUUGCUUUAUUCCUCAUAAAAGUAUCUACACGGGAAAGAAAUCCUAUCAAUGCAUAGAAUGUGGGAAGAACUUCAGGACAAGCAGUGAUCUUAAUUCCCAUAAAAGGGUUCACACAGGAGAGAAACCCUAUCAAUGCAUAGAAUGUGGGAAGAACUUCAGGACAAGUGGUGAUCUCCAUUCCCAUAAAAGGGUUCACACAGGAGAGAAACCCUAUCAAUGCUUAGAAUGUGGGAAGAACUUCAGCAGAAGCAGUAACCUUAGUUCCCAUAAAAGUAUCCACACAGGAAAGAAACCCUAUCAAUGCAUAGAUUGUGGGAAGAACUUCAGGAGAAGCGGUGAUCUUAAUUCCCAUAAAAGGGUUCACACAGGGGAGAAACCCUAUCAAUGCAUAGAAUGUGGGAAGACGUUCAGGACAAGUGGUGAUCUCAAUUCCCAUAAAAGGGUUCACACAGGAGAGAAACCCUAUCACUGCAUAGAAUGUGGGAAGAACUUCAGGACAAGACGUGAUUGUACUUCCCAUAAAAGGGUUCACACGGGAGAGAAACCCUAUCAAUGCAUAGAAUGUGGGAAGAGCUUCAGCACAAGAAGUGAUCGUAAUUCCCAUAAAAGGGUCCACACAGGAGAGAAACCCUAUCAAUGCAUAGAAUGUGGGAAGAAGUUCAGGACAAGCAGGUAUCUCAGUUUCCAUAAAAAGUUUCACACAGGAGAGAAACCUUAUCAAUGCAUAGAAUGUGGGAAGAACUUCACCACAAGACGUGAUUGUACUAACCAUAAAAGAGUUCACACAGGGGAGAAACCCUAUCAAUGCAUAGAAUGUGGGAAGAACUUCAGCACAACCAGUAGCCUUAGUUCCCAUAAAAAGAUUCACACAGGAGAGAAACCAUUUCAGUGUGUUCAAUGUGGGAAGACUUUUAGUCAUAACAGUUCCCUUACUUGUCAUAAGAGGAUCCAUACAGGAGAGACCCCCUAUAAAUGCAUGGAAUGUGGAAAUAAUUUUCGUAAUAAAAGUUCACUUAAUUUUCAUAAAAAGAUCCAUACAGGAGAGAAACCCUAUCAAUGCAUGGAGUAGAGGAAGAAUUUCAGGAAAAGUAGUCACAUUACUUGCGGUAAAAGGGUUCACACAGAGAAGCAACUAGAGAUAAUUCUUGAAUUACAACCAUAAUGGAGUCGGCCCAUCACAGUCAUAAUGUGAAUGAGUCAUGUGUCAACCUGAUUUUACAACUUUUUGCAGUGGUCAUUAAGUGAAUCACUGUAGUCCUUAAUAGAAUUUGUGCUUAAGCAAAUGCCAGUUUUUCAGUGAACAAAUAGUUCAUUGCGUGCAGUUUUGGUAUCUCAGGUUUUUAGCAGAUGACAAUGAGACAAAACAGACUACUUCUCAUAACAGGAACCAGAGUGGGAAAAAUAUAAAUGCACGAUGUGUGGAAAGAACUUCAGGUGGAGCAAGCAACUUAGCCCCCCAAAACAGGCACCAGGUUAGAAAGCAGGUGAUUGUGUGUUCUAGUUCUAUCCUAGGCAUGAAAGCCAGCUGAGUGGUCUUGGGCCAUUCACUCUCAGCCCAAAUCACCUCACAGGCUCUUGUGGGAAAAUAAGAAGAGGGAGGUGUAUUAGGUGCGAGUAAUGCCUUCUGCUAUCUAAAAAUAAUGAAGUUGGGAUGCAAAUCAAUAACUAAAUAAAAAUAAAUAAAGGGAAGUCGGGGAGUUGCCUUUUGGGGUUGAAGUGUCCUUAAUUCCUGUAAAAGAAUCCACUGAUAUGAAACCAUUAAAGGUAUCAAUCAGAUAACAAAGAAAGGCGCCCCCUGUGGCUUGGAAGUCAGAGAAAGAAACUUUUAAAAGGAUCUGCCCUACUUGAUCAAGCAAUAAAUAUUGGCAGCAGGAAGUUUCUACCUUCAGACUUGCAAAAUUAUGUUAAUAAAGCCUUAUAAUAAAGUCGAAUUAACUGUU